GCUGAUUUCAAAUAAACGGAUGUCAGUGUUUGCUUACUUUACAAAAUUACAUCCUCUAGUAAAGGGAACAGCAGACACCAUACUGUCUGUCAUAAACCAGACAUAUCUGUUCAAGCGACACCAAGGAACGACGGAGGUCUGUCUUUAUUGCACAAUGUAUACUUCCCUCUCCUGCGCCUAUGUAUAGAUCCACUACACCUCUUCUGUAUUCCUCCUCCCUGUCCAAUCAUUGACGAUGAGACAGUCAGGCUACGAUAGAUAUUUUAUUCAUCCCCUUGGGGAAAUUCAAGUGUCCAGUAGCUCACGCCACGUAGAUCAGAGACAAUACUAGCAUACAAUACAGUACAAGACAAUACAAGCAUUAUUGCACAGAUGAUAUAAUACAAUACAGUAAGUGCUUCUCAGUAGCUUCUAUAGCCUCACUCUGUAGCUCUCAGCUCUUCCUGUCGGGGUUUCAUUCUGAAUCGUUAUCUGAAAACUAAAACAAGACUUGGGGCGUUGAGAGUGUGGAUUGUGGAUUUGGGUUGUAGGGCUGAUAAGCGUGUAGUGGCUUUACACGGGAGGAUGUGGUUUCACACUUCAGAGGCUCCGGUGGCCGCUGGUACCGUCGCUCAGUCACGCAGUUCUGAAUGAACACCUAUAAAUGAAAUGGCACGGUCGGCGGUGCUAGCACGCCGGCGCGAACAGCCCCAGCCACUGUGUGACAUCCGCUUCACACCGCACCCUCUCGCACUUCACUGCCUCUCCGCUGCAUGGCAUUCAUUCAAAACCUCCAAAAGAAACAGGAUUGGUGCUGCGUUUACGGCAGUUGCACCUCAGCUCCCCUUUGAAGCUGUUUUCGUGAACAUGUGUGGAGGUGGGUCCUUGCCUUGAGGAGUGUGAUCUCCGUAUGAUUUUCAUAGGCAAGAACAGGACUGCCAAGCCUAUAUUCACAGAACCCAAGUACUCAGUUCUGGGUGUGUAUGAGCUGCUCUCAGAAUCAUCCAUAUGGAGCCCUGAUGAACCUGUAUGAUUGUAGAUACUUCUCUCUUGCCCUCUCUCUCUCUCUCCUUCUCCUUCUCCUUCUCCUUCUCCUUGCUCUCUUUCCUGGAAGUGGCCAGUUUCUCUCUCAGCCCCAGUGAGAGGUUUCUCUCCCCCCCUGCCGGAGACAGGAGGUUCCCCCGCCAUGAGCCUGCAGUCUCGGAGGAUCCGGCUGAAGCCCUGGCUGGUGGCCCAGGUGAACAGUGGGAAGUACCCCGGUCUGCAGUGGCUGAGCUCCGAGCAGAAGCUAUUCCAGAUCCCCUGGCGCCACGCCACCCGCCACCUGCCCACUCUGGAGGACGAGAACACCAUCUUCAAGGCCUGGGCCCUGGAGACGGGGAAGUACCAGGAGGGUGUGGAUGAGCCUGACCCGGCCAAGUGGAAAGCCAACCUGCGGUGCGCCCUCAACAAGAGCCGCGAGUUCCGGCUCAAGUACGACGGCACCAAGGAGACGCCCGUCCAGCCCUACAAGAUUUACGAGGUGUGCGACCAACCGUACAACGGAGAUGCAGGUGAUGAAGACGAUGAUGAGCUACCCAACAUCGUGGGCCUUUCGAUUGACCCCCGAAUGGGAGACACGCCCAGUUACACAGCCUAUCCUGGGGUCAGAGGGGAGGUACCCUUCAUCAGCUCUCCCAUGACUGAUGGCUACAGCCCCGCCCACCUCACACAGAUGGGCCUCCCACAGGGUGGAGUUUCUCUGGAUCCUAGAGGGGGUGUGGCCAUGGUGGACGCGCCCCUGGCCGGCUUGACCUUGCCCGAGUUCCAGAGCCCCAUCCCGCUGGGGGGCGACGUGGGGCGGGGCAGCUUCGCCCACGGCGGUGGUGCUCCGAGCACGCACACGGAGAUGGCCACGCCCCCUGUCCCUGCGGCCAUUCAGGACAGCCUGAUGUCUGAGGCACCGCCUCCGGAGGCGGGGCCUGUGCAGCCCGGGAUUUAUGAUCUACUUAGCAACCCCCACAUGCUGCCCUUGACGGACCUGGACAUUAAGUUCCAGUACCGCGGCCACGUGGCCGGCUCCAUGACCGUCAGCAACCCGCAGGGCUGCCGGCUGUACUACGGCAACCUGGCACCCACGCCGGACCAGGUGGAGCUGUUCGGCCCGGUCAGCCUGCAGCAGGUCCUGUUCCCGGAGGCAUCUGGCAUCCCCAACGAGAAGCAGCGCUUCUACACCAACCAGCUGCUGGACGUGAUGGACCGCGGCCUCAUCCUGGAGAUCGAGGGCCAGGACAUCUACGCUCUGCGACUCUGCCAGUGCAAGGUGUUCUGGUCCGGGCCGGGCGUGCCCGAGCAGGCCCCGCCCAAUCCCAUGGAGAGAGAGAAGAGGAUCAGGGUGUUUAGCCUCAACAGCUUCCUGCAUGAACUGAUCCUGUAUCAGAAAGGUGAAGCUGAGGCUCCUCCCCCCUUCGAACUGUACUUCUGUUUCGGCGAAGACUGGCCCGACAGGAAGCCCAAAGAGAAGAAGCUGAUCAUCGUGCAGGUGGUUCCGGUGGUGGCCAGGAUCCUGACCGAGAUGUUUUCGGGGGAGCUGUCCUGGUCGACGGACAGCAUCCGGCUGCAGAUCUCGAACCCGGACCUCAAGGACCAGACGGUCGAGCAGUUCAAGGAGCUUCACAGACUCUUCCAGAGCCAGCAGGCUCAGGCCCACUGGGGCCACGCUCCCCCACAUGGGCUUUAAACCAGCACUGGGACUGGAACCAAAGCCAUACCGGUCCACAGCCUGCCAGCUCACAGAUGUUCCUCACUCAGCCUCUGGGUCUCCUUACGUCUUGUCUCAUGUGACACGUUCGUCUGAGCUGUGCAGGGACUGUGUCAUCGAGCUACGACAAGCAACGAGCUACUUAAACAUUCAUUCUACUGUACAUUUCAGAAACUGUCUGUUUUUAAGAGUGUGGGAUUUUCACAUUGUGAUCAUUUGUGUUCAUUUUGUAUUUCAAUAAAUACCGUAACAGUAUGACAGAAAGUCUCAUUUUUUUAAUCAUAGGUUUUUAUCAUCACGUCAAACACUGAAUGACUUUCGCUUCGGCUGCCAAAUGCAGUGAGAACAGGAAGGUCAGCUGUUUGGCAGUUAGGCUGUCAUGAAAUAUGGAGGACAAAGUUAUCAAUAAUGUUAUCACAAACUUAAUGCCACAGCGCCACCUCCUGGCAGAGAACACCGUUGGCUCAGAAGACCUGUGUCCCUCUGUGGCAUGGAUCUGUCCACUAGCUUGAUCCUUUAAGAUGACUUUGAACCAGUGGAACCUAUAAUGCACACAGGAUCACACCUGGUGGGUUGAAGCGGAUCUAGUGUAUCUGCGGGAAGGUGGCCAUGUCUGUGUGGAAAAAGUCUACAGCAGCAGUGUACUAGGUUUUAUGGAGACGGAGAGAACACAGCGUUGUUUGGGCAGAGACUCAAACAUGAUUCUGACCAAAGACAUAGUCUUUUCUUUAACUUUGUGAGAUGUGGUUACAACACUAGAUAGGGCAGAAGAUAAAUCCAGCUUUACCUCCAUUUGGAAGCCAGUGUUAAAGGUUAGAGGUUAAAGGUUUAGGUUGGAAUUCCCAGCAUCCUCCUCUGCCACCCCGACACGAUUGAUCUUAACAUUGAGAUUUGGAUUUCAUUUUUUUUCUAUGGCACAGAUGACUAAUUGUGAUUGGUGGUUCUUAAGAAAUAAAAUUUUUUA